UGUGAAGUAAUUAAUGAAGCUGUGUGGAAACACAACGUAAUCUAUGUUUCAAGUGCAGGCAAUAAUGGCCCUUGUCUUUCUACAGUAGGAUGUCCUGGUGGUACUACAUCUAGUGUAAUAGGUGUUGGUGCCUAUGUAUCACCAGAUAUGAUGGUUGCUGAAUAUUCUUUGAGAGAAAAACUGCCAGCAAAUCAAUAUACUUGGUCAUCUAGAGGACCUAGCACUGAUGGAGCUCUUGGAGUAAGUAUCAGUGCACCGGGAGGUGCUAUUGCUUCUGUCCCAAACUGGACUCUGCGAGGAACGCAGCUCAUGAACGGCACGUCCAUGUCUUCACCCAAUGCCUGCGGGGGCAUUGCGUUGGUGCUGUCAGGACUCAAAGCUAAUGACAUUCAUUACACUGUUCAUUCUGUCAGAAGAGCAUUAGAAAAUACUGCAGUGAAAGCUGAAAAUAUAGAAGUAUUUGCACAAGGACAUGGUAUUAUUCAGGUUGAUAAAGCCUAUGACUACCUCAUUCAGAACUCAUCAUUUGCAAGUAACAUAGGCUAUACAGUUACUGUUGGAAGCAACCGUGGAAUCUACCUCAGAGAUCCUGCCCAGAUAACAGCACCUUCUGAUCAUGGGGUUGGCAUAGAACCUGUGUUUCCUGAGAAUACAGAAAACACUGAAAGAAUCUCUCUUCAGCUGCAUUUAGCUUUAACUUCAAAUGCCCCGUGGGUUCAGUGCCCUACUCACCUAGAGCUUAUGAACCAGUGUCGACAUAUAAACAUUCGUGUGGAUCCACGUGGUCUGAGAGAAGGACUGCAUUACACAGAGGUGUGUGGAUAUGAUAUAGCUAUGCCUAAUGCAGGCCCUCUGUUCAGAGUUCCAAUAACUGUUGUUAUACCAACAAGAGUAGAUGAAUCAUCAAGCUACGACCUUACAUAUAAGGAUGUUCAUUUUAAACCUGGUCAGAUCCGAAGGCACUUCAUUGAUGUUCCACAGGGAGCUACGUGGGCUGAAGUGACAGUAUGUUCAUGUUCAUCUGAUGUGACUGCCAAGUUUGUUCUUCAUGCUGUUCAGUUAGUGAAACAAAAAGCAUAUAGAAGCCAUGAGUUCUAUAAAUUUUCAUCAUUACCAGAAAAAGGAUCAGUAACUGAAGCAUUUCCAGUCUUAGCUGGAAAAACCCUUGAAUUCUGUGUGGCCCGGUGGUGGGCAAGCCUUAGCGAUGUCAGCAUCAAUUACACCAUUUCUUUUCAUGGUGUGCUGUGUGCUUCUCCUCAGCUGAACAUGCAUGCUUCAGAAGGUAUCGUGCGAUUUGAUGUUCAGUCCCUUUUGAAGUACGAAGACAUUGCUCCAUGCAUAAAUCUGAAAAGCUGGGUUCAAACACUCAGACCAGUGAGUGCAAAAAUAAAACCUUUGGGAUCCAGAGAUAUUUUACCAAAUAAUCGUCAACUAUAUGAGAUGAUUUUGACUUACAACUUCCAUCAGCCUAAGAGUGGAGAAGUAACUCCAAGCUGUCCACUUCUUUGUGAACUGCUGUAUGAAUCUGAAUUUGAUAGUCAACUGUGGAUUAUUUUUGACCAGAACAAAAGACAAAUGGGGUCAGGAGAUGCUUAUCCACACCAGUACUCUGUGAAACUGGAAAAAGGAGAUUACACUAUUCGGUUACAAAUUCGUCAUGAACAGAACAGUGAGCUGGAUCGCAUCAAAGACCUUCCAUUUAUUGUUUCUCACAGGUUGUCUAAUGCCUUGAGCUUAGAUAUUUAUGAAAACCAUAGCCUUGCUCUCUUAGGGAAGAAGAAAUCCAACAGUUUGACACUACCACCAAAACACAGUCAGCCAUUCUUUGUUACAUCUCUGCCAGAUGACAAAAUACCUAAAGGAGCAGGACCAGGGUGCUACCUCGCAGGAGCUCUUACACUGUCUAAAACAGAACUUGGAAAGAAAGCUGGGCAGUCUGCAGCAAAGCGACAAGGAAAAUUUAAAAAGGAUGUUCUUACUGUUCAUUAUCAUCUGAUACCAUCACCAUCGAAGAGUAAAAAUGGCAGCAAGGAGAAAGAAAGAGAACCAGAAAAAGAAAAAGAUGUAAAAGAAGAAUUUGCUGAAGCUUUAAGAGACCUAAAGAUACAGUGGAUGACUAAGCUGGAUACCAUUGAUGUGUUCAAUGAGUUGAAAGAAGCCUUUCCUAAUCAUCUUCCAUUGUAUGUUGCAAGACUUCAUCAGCUGGAUUCUGAAAAGGAACGAAUGAAAAGACUUGAGGAAAUUGUUGAAGCUGCAAAUACUGUAAUAUCUCGUAUAGAUCAGACAGCGUUAGCAGUUUAUUUUGCUAUGAAGACUGAUCCCAGACCCGAUGCAACUACUAUAAAAAAUGAAAUGGAAAAACAGAAGACUACUUUAGUGGAUGCUCUUUGUAGGAAAGGAAGUGCACUGGCUGACCAGCUGCUGCACCUGCAGGCCCAAGACGGGGCUGCUUCCCGUGACGCAGAAGGGAAAGAGGGGGAUGAGACCUGCUCGGAGGCGCUGACGGAGACGUUCUGGGAAACAACAAAAUGGACUGAUCUUUUUGACAGCAAGGUUUUGACCUUUGCCUAUAAGCAUGCAUUGGUAAACAAAAUGUAUGGGAGAGGCCUCAAGUUUGCAACAAAACUUGCUGAAGAGAAGCCAACGAAGGACAACUUGAAAAACUGCAUUCAGCUCAUGAAGUUACUUGGAUGGACUCACUGUGCAACUUUCACUGAAAACUGGCUUCCUGUCAUGUAUCCACCUGAUUAUUGUGUAUUCUAGAAAACCAACAAUUGUAAACUUUAAAGUGAUUUUAUAUGGGCAGGAUAUGAAAAGCUAAGUUUGACUUUUUAUUGGAACGCAUGUUUUCAUUACUGAAUGCUGAUUAUUAAAUUGUGUGUAUUUAUCGGUAAAGGCACCUGGGUACAGCUUAAUACCUGUGAACUGAACUCCUGACAUCAGGGAGUUUCCUUAGUGUGCAUCCCAUUGCUGGCAAUGGAUGUGCCAGAACUGCCAACACCAAGGAUUUGAGAUUAGGCUGAGAAGGCUUAUUGCAUGCAAGUUAGGUUCUUAACUGUUAAUUUUAACUGUAAACCUGUAAAAGCUCUGUAUUUUUUACAGUAAACAAUUUUAACAUGUUUAAUCUUAAUUUCAUUUUCAAUUGUAUGAAGGCCUUAAAGCUACAUCAAGCGUAGCUAAAAUCUUAUUUAUUAGACUGUAGUAAUGGGACAUCAUUACCUGAAUUGUUUGCAACGGUUUACAUUUUUUUUUUAACGAAAAAUUCAACCUCUCAAAUGGUCACAAUGUGUAACUCAAUUGCUGAUGCAUAGGUGCUCUUGUAUAUCUUCAUUUUGGAGUGAUUUCAGGCAGACUCAA